CUCGGGCCAGCGGCCCCCGGCCGCUCUUCGAGUGUCCCUUCGGGUGGCUCCGCUCCCGGGGCUGCGGGCCGCAGCUGUCUCGGCGCGGCCCGGCCCUGCUCCCGCCCUCGCGUUCCCAUUGGCCGAGCCGCUGGCCUGCGGGACCGCGCUGCCAUGCGAUUGGCGGCCGCGGCCGUCACUCAGGGCCGGGGCGGGGGUCGGGUUCCCGUGUCGGCCCCUGUGCCUGGCGCUGCCCCGGUGGGGCAGGAGCGCUCACCGGCCCAUCCCCUCCCGGUCUUUUCGGGAUUCCUGGCGCCGUGCCUUGUCUCACUGAACCCUCCGACUCGCCCUGUCCCCGCUGCCUCCUGCUCGUCCCCGCCGAUAAACUCAGCGCUGCUCCCUGUAACGGGGUGGGCGCCCCUGAGCCCCGUCGGUACCCGGGCCGAGGUGUCAUCCCGGCAGUGCCCUGCGGUGCCCGGUGCCCCCGCGCUCCCGGGCGCGGCUCGGUGCAUUGUGGGAGAGCCGCGGGAGCGCUGCUGGUGCUCGGGGAGCCGUAACCGACCGGGGCCGCCGGGCGCCCGCGCGGGCGAGGCUGCCGGGGCUGCGGCCGCAGCGCUGCCCGGGUCUCCGAAGGUGUCGUGCCCCUGGCGUAGUUAGCGAUGCUCCGACUGGUUGUUUGAAGUGCCUGAGAGGACGUGGAGCAUGUUGCAGAUCGGAGCUGCAAGACUUAACACAAGGCCAGUGUUUGGGGGUGUGAGAUCUCGUAUUGGGAUCCAGCAAAAUCUUCUGAAUAGAUCGUCACCAGCUGUGAGCUUCCAGCAGACUUUUGAUGCCCGACAGAAGAUAGGACUCACUGAUGCCCGGCACAAGCUGGGGGUUAAAGAUGCCCGAGAAAAACUGGUUCAAAAGGACGCUCGCUUCAAAAUCAAAGGGAAGGUGCAGGAUGCUCGAGAGAUGUUGAAUUCCCGUAAGCAGCAAAGUGUUGCUGCUGAAAAGGUGACCAAAGUGGUGGAUGCCAGAGAGAAGAUCAGCUUAAAAAGGAGCACUCCAGCUGCUAUCAGCCCGGCUAUGGGGACAGUAAAUCCAGCCAUGAAAAUCACCAAAACUAUCCAACAGAAGGCUCCAGUUCCUGGACACUCUCAUCCUGCAGGAAUGAAGAUCAAUGUGGUGAACAACCAUACACAUAAACAGGGUCUGUAUGACACAGAAGAUGAUGAGGAAAGCGUCUCUCCCCUUCCUAGCAAACAGAUGAAAAUCACCACCACAAACAGUUUCCUGCACAACUCGACUGGUCUGAGCAGCAAUAAAUUCUCUCUGUCCAAGACUGUUCCCCUGACUAAAGUGGUCCAGAACGAUACAUACACAGCUCCACCUGCGACUCCCCCUCCUAUGCGGACAAAGGCCUUGGCAAACAUGUCCCGGACCUUAGUGACAAAGGAAGUGCCUCCAAAAGAGCCAGCGCCUGUUGAGCUGGCGUUCAGUCCUUUGGAAGGCACAAAGAUGACCGUAAAUAAUCUGCAUCCUCGAGUCACAGAAGAAGAUAUUGUUGAGUUGUUCUGUGUGUGUGGCGCUCUGAAGCGAGCCCGGCUGGUGCACCCUGGUGUGGCUGAGGUAGUAUUUGUGAAGAAAGAAGAUGCUAUCACAGCAUAUAAGAAAUACAACAACAGGUGUUUAGAUGGUCAACCAAUGAAAUGCAAUCUUCAUAUGAAUGGGAAUGUCAUCACCUCAGACCAGCCUAUAUUGCUCCGAUUGAGUGAUACCCCUUCAGUGAAGAAGGAAGGGGAACCACGCCGGUCAAGUGCAAGCGCCUCCUCAAAUCCCCCAGCUGAAGUGGACCCUGAAACUAUCUUGAAGGCUCUCUUCAAAUCCUCAGGGGUCUCUGCCUCUGCGCAGCCCACAGAAUUCAAAAUUAAACUCUGAGAGGGGGGGAGCAAGCAGUGGACUGGAAAACUCAUAUAAGCUGGGGGAUGAGGAAAGUGCAGGAGUGCAGAUGUUAUUUGCAUUUGCCUGUCCUGAAAUGUUUUGUUUUCUAUGAUCGCUACCUUACUGUACAAUAGUGUUUCCUCUUGUGUGUGUACUUUCUGUUUUCAUAGUUGGAGUUUUCUUCCAUGAUUUUUUUUUCCCAAGAGAAUAACCUUCCCCUUCUGCCAGUAAUGUAUUACCAAGCAUAUACCAUGUAACUCCAUCCUUUACUCCAAAGCCCCCGGUGGCCAUUAAAAGUGCACAUAGAGUUUGAGGGAAGGAGUGGUGAUCUCCUUCUGUUUUCUUCUGACUGACCUUUAACUAAAGGGUGCAUCCCCUUGAUUGUCCACAGGCAAGAGCACCACGUUGUUUCUGAAGUCGCUGCGCUGGGUACAAAGGCAGGUUGGGCUCCCUCCAGAAAGGACUCGUGUGCAUUUGGUGGUGUAACUCUUCCUUCUGGCUGUUGGAUACUUUCCUGCUCAGCAGCUGGGACGUUGAGGAGCGGGAGAAGCUGAGCUGCCCCCGGUGUGCCGAUGGAGACGUCGGGCAGAAGCGACGUAUGCGCAAGUGCACCGGCCAUUGCGCUGUGGGCACGGCUGUUUCAACUCUGGUAGUGCUGGACGGUUGUUCUGGCAUUUGUACAAGGAAUAUAUUUGCUCUGGAGGGUCAGGCUCAGUUGCUCUCCUCUUUCUGGACCGAAAAAUUAAGAACCAGUCAUGUUCAGAGCUAGAAGAAACCCAGUUGUUUGACUCCCGUUAGAUUAUAUUGCGUCCUCCUGCUGAUGCACGGACAUGAGUUUCUUUCUUGCCUUCUAACUCAGCCAGUCUCCUGUAGAAAGGAAGGACCUGAGACCUUUUUCAGAUCUUAAUACACACAAAGUCUUGUGUCUGAGAACUUGUUUCUUUCAGAGGUGCUUUUUGGGCAUUGUUUGGCUGCUGUGCGGUUAUGCUGCUGGCAUGCCUGGAUUUGGAGAAUGAUGGCUGCAGUGUGUGGCUUCAGGGAGAGAUUUAGGAGCAGAGGGCAGUUAGUACUGUGUAAGGAACACCGGAGAGGAGUGGCAAGUCCCGUGCAGGGCGACGAGGCCGUGGCGUGGGCCAGCGAGUGUGUGUGACGGGCCACUAGGUGGCACUUCCAGUUCUUCCCAUUGUUUGUACCGCAUUGGCGCCUUGGAUGUUGAAAGUCCCAGUAGCUCCACUCGUUUGUGUUUGCUCAGACUGUAUUGGAAGAGAGGAAAGCUGAGAGCAACUUCCAGAACCGGGUUGGGGUUUGGACUUGAUCCUACUAGCUGGGAGACUAACCUAAUCCAUUCUGUCCAGCUCUGCUGAGUAGCUCCUGUAAGUCCAGAUUCUGUUUCUUGGACAACCCCAUGUUUCUUUUGCUUUCUUGUUCUGUAUGAACUCUUUCUUCUAUCUAGCUUGUGCAGACCAUUCCUUAAUCUCACUGUAUCCCUUUUAGCCAUGGAAAUAAUAAGGACUUGGCAGGACUUGUUUUUCUGGAGUACUCUCUUUGGUUUGAAGGCCAGUGACACCAUGAUUGGUGGGGUGCUUCAUGUGAACAGCAGAUGUUGGUAGGGGAGGGGACCUAAGACAGCUAUUGUUCUCCUUUUUUAGAUUGCCCACCAAAUACGUGUGUUUUAAUAAAAAAAAAAACAAGGGGGAGGGAGGGGGAGGAAACAUUAGGGAUUGGAGAAGAUAAUGUAUUACCUGUUUCUGAAUAAACGUUUGUUAUACAGAGAGU